GUCGAUCUUAGCAUCGUCCUCAUACGAUGAGUCUCGAAACUAUACCGGACCUCUGGUUCCCGGAUGGGAACAUCGUGAUCCGCGUCGGAGAGCGCGUAUGCCGCGUCCACCAGAGCAUACUCGCGGCCAACUCGCCCGUCCUGGCUGACAUGUUCUCCGUGCCCCAGCCGCGCGAUGGGGAGAUGUACGAGGGGCUGCCCAUGAUGAGCUUUCCAGAUCCUCCUGAGGAGGUUCUGCACUGGCUGAAGUCCAUGUUGCUGCUGGGGUACUUCGAGGUCUACCCUAGCCGUAUAGCUCAAGACAAGCUACUCGCUACGCUUCGCCUCAGCCACAAGUACGGCGUGCAGUCCCUUCGCCAGCGCGCGCUGUACCACCUUAGCAUCGCGUUCCCGGAUAUGGGCUCUGACCGCGCUGCAGCCUCUAAGUCGACCCCAGCCGCUAUAGAUGGUGGCCGCACGGUGGACUUCUUCUGCAGAGUCUACGCUGUCGCCCUGGAGAUUGGCGCUCGUUGGCUGCUCCCCUCUGUCAUGUACAACAUCCACUCCGCCACCUACCUCGAUGCCGAAGCCAGAGCACGUCUGCCGGCGUUGAUGACAUCCCAGGCUAUGUUGCGGUUACUGGAAGUCGGACGACUGGUUCUCGCGCACUUUAUGCCCCAUAAGCUCGCGCCGGUAAUCCAGUGGGAGGAGGAGGGUGAUGAUGUCUGCGCUUUUGGUGGCGAGUGCGAGGACGCAGUCCGACGUAUGGGCGGUAUAGUGUGCAAAAACCUCAAACGAGGUAUUUCAACACCUGCCGCCGCUGAGCCUCGAAAUCGACGCAUGACUUCGAUGAACUUGCAAAAGCGACGCACGCGAUCGAACGAGAGUGCGUGCUUACCUGUCGAGUAAGCUCUCGCUGCGCAGAACACCCGGCGGAAGGGGGACUUGGGCGUCGCGGUUGCGCUGAGCCUGGC